AUGUCAUUUGACCAGAAGGAAAUGUUCAAUCUGAUGUAUAAAUUGGCACGUCUGACUGUGCCGGACACUCGUGUUGAAUAUGAUUCAAUGGGGCCCGUCAGUGUACCCCUAGAUCGCCUUUUCGGACCGCAGACGAUGCGUUCCGUUAUGAAUUUUCAAAUUGGUGGAAUGGAGGAGCGAAUGCCGCGACCCAUUAUUGUGGCUCUUGGAAUGCUGAAAAAAGCUGCUGCUUUGGCUAACCAGGACCUUGGAUUGGAUCCUAAGGUAGCAGAGGCGAUUUCUUCAGCUGCUGAUGAAGUUAUCUCUGGGAAACUUUAUGAUGAGCAUCACUUUCCUUUGGUCAUUUGGCAGGCGGGUUCGGGUGCACAUACCAAUAUGAACGUGAACGAGGUGAUCUGCAAUCGUGCCAUUGAAUUGCUGGGUGGUCAAAUGGGCUCCAAGAAUCCAGUUGAUCCUCAUGAGCAUGUAAAUAAGUUUCAGUGCAGCAACGAUGGCUUCUCCUCGGCUGUUAACAUUGCAGUUGCAAUGGAGCUGCAGGAGAAACUUUAUCCAGCCCUUAGACGCGUCAUCGACACAUUGGGUCAGAAACAACAGUUGUGGAAGGAUAUUAUUAAGAUUGGCCGCACUCAUCUGAUGGAUGCUGUGCCGCUUACACUGGGCCAAGAGUUUAGCGGCUAUAAGCAGAUGAUGACACACAGCCGUGAAAGGCUUGAUUCUGCUCUGAGUCGUUUGUACCAGCUGUCUUUGGGAGGCUGCCUGGUGGGCACUGGCUACAUUAGCCCAAAAGACUUUAGCUCCAAAUGUGUCAAGCAGAUAGCCACCAUCACCGGUCUGCCAUUUGUGAAUGCUCCAAACCUCUUUGAGGCUUUGGGCUGUCGCGAUGAGCUAGUCGAAUUACACGGUGUGCUCAACGCCAUUGCCGCAAGCACCAUGAAAAUAGCCAACGACAUACGCUUUCUGGGCUCAGGUCCUCGUUGUGGCUUGGGGGAGCUUCAGUUGCCAGAAAACGAGCCCGGAAGCUCGAUUAUGCCAGGUAAGGUAAACCCUACGCAAUGCGAGGCCAUUACCAUGAUUUGUGCCCAAAUCAUGGGCAACCAAGUGGCUGUAUCUGUAGGCGGUGCCAAUGGACACUUUGAGUUAAAUGCCUUCAUGCCCCUGAUUGCUUCCAAUGUGCUACGCUCUAUUGUACUUCUGAGCGAUGGUCUUGAGGCACUUAACAAGAAUUGCCUGGAGGGCAUUCAGGCAAACACUGCCAGAAUAAAAUCUAUUAUGAACGAAUCUCUGAUGCUGGUGACAGCACUUAAUCCGCAUAUUGGCUACGAUCGUGCUGCACUUAUUGCUAAAACAGCACAUGCAAAUGGCACCACAUUGCGGCAAGAAGCAAUAAAUGAAGGCAUCACUGGGGCAGAUUUUGACAAUUGGGUGCGUCCAGAAAAUAUGCUAGGACCCGAAUAAGUCCACAUGGCAGAUAAAAUAAUAAUAAACAUAAAUUGAUUUAAAAAUCAGGGAUGAAAAAUCUAUAAAGUUUCAGCUUCAGCUGAGUGAAUAC